AUGCAGUCUGCUGCGGCUAUAUCGAAAUACGAAUUUCCAUACCACAAACCAGCCACCAUCCACGGGUCAGUACAAUACCCGAAUCAGAAAACAGUAGAUGCAACAGGGCCAAUUCGGCCCGAAAACGAUGAAGACUUGGUAGAAAUUCAAUAUGGCAAUGGAGAAAGACGAGUUACAUUGAAUUUGAAACGUCAAUAUGUCGAUAAAUAUAUUCAGUGCUUAAGCGAUAACAAUUUUAUUAUCUCUGUUGUUUCUGGAGAGUUAGAUAGCAAGGGUAGUGUGAAAUCUCUAUCGAUUUUAUUAGGGCCGGAUCUUAAACAAGCCAAUACGGGGCCAUUACUUCCUCCAUUAGUAUACCCUAAUACUCGUAAAAAAACCGUGGUUCUCGACCUAGACGAAACUCUAAUCCACAACGUAAAAGGCACCGGUGUUGAUGGGUCUAUUCUUCCUAAUAAUAUAAUCUACGAUUUUCUUUUUCGAGUGGAUGGACUGGUCUACUAUAUUUUGAAACGUCCGUUUGUUGAUGAAUUUCUUCAAUAUUUAAGCGAAAACAAUUUUGAAAUCGUGGUUUUCACCGCAGCAACAGAGAUUUAUGCUUCCCUGGUAUUGGAUUCUUUGGAUCCUAGGGGUUUGAUUAAACAUCGAUUGUCUCGUGGUUCAUGUACGGAAGUUGACGAGAGUUUUACAAAGGAUUUAUCGCGUCUGGGAAGGGAUUUAAGAAAGGUGGUGAUCGUUGAUGAUAGACCAAAAUCCUAUAGUUUAAACCCGAAAAACGCAAUACCUAUUAAACCCUUCAUUGAUGAUCUUCAAGAUGAUGAAUUGAUGAAUUUGAUGGGUUAUUUUCGCGAAACCCGCGAUGAGGAAUUCUUCAAAGAGUUCGAAAAAACAAAAAACUACAGGUAUAUAUAA